AUCCGCUUCUGGACGCCGGAUGCUUUUUCUUGGCCCUGACUGGAACGGCGGUUGGGGCAGACGAGAAGGUGAUGGCGUCUCGGAGGGGAGUGUUGUGGGUCGCCUCAGUGCUUCUGGCAGUUGUUUCUGCCAAUGAAUUCAGUGUAUUAAGAACUCCUGAAUCUGUUAUAUUUCAAGAAGGAAAUUGGCCAAUUCCUGGAGAACGGAUCCCAGAUGUGGCAGCCUUAUCCAUGGGCUUCUCUAUUGAGGAAGAUCUCUCUUGGCCUGGGUUAGCAGUAGGUGAUCUCUUUCGGCGUCCGCGAGCUACUGUUCUUGUUACUAUAAUGGGGAUAGACAAGCUAACAAUGCCUAAGAAUGGAAUAUCUUACCCGAUUGAAAAUGCAGUUCCCUUCAGCCUGGAUGGGGUUGCAAAUUCAAUACAUACUUUAUUUUCUGAGGAAACGCCAGUAGUUGUUCAAUUAGCUCCUAGUGAAGAAAGAGUUUAUAUGGUGGGAAAAGCAAAUUCUGUAUUCGAAGAUCUUUCUGUCACACUGCGGCAGCUUCGGAAUAGACUUUUCCAGGAUAACUCCAUUCUUGCUUUCCUUCCCCUCAACUCCUUAAGCAGAAACAAUGAGGUUGAUCUCCUCUACCUGUCAGAAUUGCAAGUUUUGCAUGACAUCACAAGCUUGCUUUCUAGACACAAACAUCUGGCCAAAGAUCAUUCACCAGAUCUAUAUUCUCUAGAACUUUCUGGGUUGGAAGAAAUAGGUAAAAGGUAUGGGGAAGAUUCACAGCAGUUCAAGGAUGCUACUCAGAUUCUUGCAGACUCUCUGCAAAAGUUUGCAGAUGAGAUGUACAACAUCUACAGUGGGAAUGCAGUUGUAGAAGUGGUAACUGUGAAGACUUUUGAUACUCCCUUUGUGAGAAAAUCCAGAUCUAUUCUACAAUCCACAGAGAGCAAGCCAGAAAAUCCAUAUAACCUAGGAUAUGCAUACAACUUUAACUAUGCUGUUAUCUUCAAUAUAAUUUUGUGGAUCAUGCUUGGAUUAGUGAUAGCUGUGAUUGUUAUCUCCUACAAUCUGUGGAAUAUGGAUCCAGGUUAUGACAGCAUCAUUUAUAGAAUGACCAACCAGAAAAUUAGAAUGGAUUAACCUUCAAAUGCAAAUCUAAGAGGAGAAAUGCUUCUUCAGUAUUCUGGCAAAAUUCAAUAUGGACUCUUCAUAGUGUGAAUAUUUUUAUGAAGUAUACAUUUGUUUUGUGAGGAUAUAUUAAAGGGUAAUAGUGGGUGUAGCCAAUGUGCAGAGUUGAAAAUUAGUACUACACAACCACGAGCUAAUUCCAAUUGAAAUAUAUAUUUAUUCUACCCUGUGUCUGCAGUGUGCAUUGUGCUUGUUUAUAUUGCUUAUGAUUAAUAUUCUAUCAGUGUUCUUAUGCUGAAACUUUAGAAUGUUUUCUUGAAUUAUGUUAUAGAUGAAUAAAGUAAUUCAUGAUGUAAAUAUUUCAAAUUUUAGGAUUUUAAUCCUAUUAAGCUUGAUUAUCCAAUGUAAAAGUUUCUUUAAGCAAAGGUACCUUUUUAAAAUACAACCUUGCUGUACAUUCACCCUAAAUGUUUAUUCAAAGUUACUGUGUUUCUUAAAAUAAUGAAAUUAUCUGAAAGAAGAGAAAUACAUAGUGGUGCAACAUCUGUAUUAAUAAUUGUAGGAAUGUAGGAUCUUGUGGUAUUUAUGAGUAGUGAAUUCUGAUGAAAAAGUCAGUUAUAUUCCAUGUUCUUUUGUCAUGUGAUCAGUUAACAAAUGGUACAUAGUGGCCUGUGUUCUGUACUUGACAUGAUGCAUUUCAGUUCCUGACAUACGCUGAAAAAACCCAAAAAGGCUGAUAUUUGAGUGGAAUGUUUUAUUGAGCAUCAAAUGCUAGGUAUAACCAUAGCACUGAAGAUGGCAUAGGCCUUGACAUCAAAUAGAAUCUGCUUGCAGUGCAGAAUUAACAUUAAACAAAUGUAAUGGCUUGAGAUGCUUGAAAGAUUGUUGUAGGGUGGAUUUCAUUUAAAUCAAGUCGAUUUUAAUUCGUCUUUUAAAUCACUAGUAAAAAGGCUUGAUUUAAAUCAGCUUGAUUUAAAUCAUAAUUUUUAAAAAGCAACUGUCAUAUCUGUCCCACAGCGGCUUCUCCUCUGACCUACUGUUGAUUCACCAAUAGUCCCAUUCACUUUAAUGGGAUGGCUAGUGAUGCGGCAAUGACACAAGGUGAGGGAUAUGGCAGGCAGCAGGUGAGUGGAUGCCCACUAACAGGCGCUGCCAUGAUGGAUCUGAAAAGACAGGCGCUCUUUAAUUUAUAAUCUGCUUAGAAGGUUUCACUUUCAUUUUUACCACUUGCCUUUCCUCCUCACACUUAAGAGCCUGGUGGUACAGAUGCAAUUCUCUUCAAACAACCAUACAGUUUGUAGUGUACAUAGAUUUUCAAAACAACGGGAUAAAGGAAUAUUCCUGAACUUUGCUUUAAGAUUUAUCUCAUGGUUACUGUGAAAUUGUGUGAAUGUAUCCAUGCAUUGCAGAGCUUGGAUUCAUUGAGUUUAC